AUGUCAUUAAAACGUAUUAACAAAGAGUUAUCAGAUUUAGGAAGAGAUCCACCAUCUUCAUGUUCCGCUGGUCCAAUUGGUGACGAUUUAUAUCACUGGCAAGCAUCUAUUAUGGGUCCACCAGAUUCUCCAUAUGCUGGGGGUGUAUUCUUUUUAAAUAUUCAUUUCCCAACUGAUUAUCCUUUCAAACCUCCAAAGAUUGCUUUCACUACUAAAAUUUAUCACCCGAAUAUUAAUGGUAAUGGUAAUAUCUGUUUAGAUAUUUUAAAAGAUCAAUGGUCACCAGCUUUAACUAUAUCUAAAGUAUUAUUAUCUAUCUGUUCCUUAUUAACAGACGCAAAUCCAGAUGAUCCUUUGGUUCCUGAAAUUGCCCAUAUUUAUAAACAAGAUAGAAAGAAGUAUGAAGCCACUGCAAGAGAAUGGACUAAGAAACAAUUCAUUUACCCCAUUGAUAAAGACAUAAGAAAGAGAGAAAGUAUGGAGAAACUAGCCUCAUUCCAAUCUAACGAUCCAAAGAAACUAUUUGUAUUAGCUCAAAAACUCAAUGAAAGAAAAUUCUUUGAAUUAUUUUUGAAUGAAUCACAAUUUAAAAUUAUCGAUUACAUAAUAAAAUUAAAUAAUUUUGAAGUAUGGACAAAUUUCUUAGAAGGAAACUGUUAUAUAUCCUAUAUCGAUGAUAUUAAAAAUGUCACUACAGAUCCAACCAGUCAUAAUAUCGACUCCAAUAGUUCAGAACAAUCAGAAGAGGGAAAGGGGGACGACAGUUCUAAUAUGAUUGUUGAAACACAAGAAGAAAUCGCGUUUGACGAAGGAAUCAAGAUGAGCAAAAUGUUGGCAUUACACAUUCGAUAUUUAUUAUGGGAAAAGGCAAUUGAUUUCUAUUAUAGUUCUAAAGAAUUAGAUUCUUCUCAAGAAUAUGUCGAAGAAGUAACUGACGACUUUGAAUUGAUUGAUUCACUAGACACUCUUGAUGACAAUGAUGACAAGCAAGAUCAACCAGAAGGAGGCCGCAAAGACGUUAUUGAAAAGCCAGUGAUACGAGAAGUCGAGGAUGAUUAUGAUGACGACGACGAUGACGACGAAGAGGAAGAGGAGAAGGAGAAUAAAGACGAAUCCAUUUCGAAAGAAGUACCAGACUCAGAUGACAUGCUCAACUACAAUUUCGAAAAGCAACUAGUACUAGAGAUACCAAAAUCAAUCUUUAUAGGUAAUCAAGAUAACACAGAAGCAACCGAGCAGUCAAUAAAUACAACCACAGCAACAACCACAACAUCAUCGACAGUGACAAAAUCAUCUUCACCUGCAGCUACUUCUUCAGAUGACAACUUGAAUUCAAAUGAAGAUCAAGAUAAACUUGUACGAGAAUUUAAUAAAGUCUAUCACAAUUUUGAAUAUGACAGAGAUACUUUACUUAAAAGGCGAAAAUUGGAAAAAUCUGAUUUGCAAUUACAAGAACCAAAAGAAAAUGGCCAUUUAGAACAUCGUCAUAAACAAAAAGAUUCUACUUCUCAUAUGGAUAUCAAUUUAGGUGCCGCCUCGACUUCAUUACAACAUUUAUUGAGUACUAUUCAACAAAAGCGUGAUCAGGUUCCAUUAAAUGAUCAUGACUUGAGAAAUCUUUUUAUGGAUGUCCGUAAGAAUCGUGGGAAAUGGGCUAAUGAUGAUAGAGUCGGACAAGAAGAAUUAUAUGAAGCAUGUGAGAAAGUAGUUACUGAAUUAAGAGGAUAUACUGAACAUUCAACUCCAUUUUUGAAUAAAGUAUCAAAACGAGAAGCGCCAAAUUAUGGGUUGAUAAUUAAAAAACCAAUGGAUUUAAAUACUGUUUUGAAAAAGUUAAAAGGAUUAUCAUAUAAUUCGAAACAAGAGUUUGUGGAUGAUUUAAUGUUGAUUUGGAAUAAUUGCUUGACAUACAACGCUGAUCCACGACAUUUCCUUAGAGCCCAUGCUCUAGCUAUGCAAAAGAAGACUUUGAAAUUAGUGCCGACAAUCCCAGAUAUUACUAUUAGAAGUAGAGCGGAUGUGGAAAAGGAAGAAGAAGCCGAAAAUUAUGAAAAGAAGGAUGAGAAAUUUCAUGGUGGGAAAUCAAUGAAAAAAGGUCGGAAAAGAUCUCGUCAAGAUCAAAUCAAAGCAGAAAUCGAAGCUGCUAGAACCCCAUCCGUACCAGGUACGCCAAUGUCAGUAUGUGAUUCACUUGAUGAAAGAGGUUCAGAAACUCCCGGGCCCGAGAAUGGAAAUAUGUCCGGUCUUGAAGACGAGGAUGAAGACGAAGAGGAGAAUGACAAUAUGAAUGGAGCAAAUGGCGCCCUCUCUGGAGAAGAAGAAGACGAAUUUGAUCCGGAAUUACAAGCAUGGAGAGGUUUUACGGCUAAAUCAAGAGCGAACUAUUGUUCAGCCAGGGCGGAUUUGUUUGAUGAACAGGGACAUCUUAGACCAGAUGCAUAUGCUAUUAUUAGACAAUCGAAUGAAAUGGCAAAUUUUAAUCAAUAUCUUGCAAAUAGGGAAGUUAUUUCCAAAGCCACAAGUUUGCUAGAGACUGAUGAACCUUAUUUACUCGAAUAUGACGUGACUGGUGGUGUGCCUGGAUUUAGUUAUAAAGGAAUUGAUAAGGAAGAAGAAGAUAGACGAGAAGAGAAUUUGGUAGAUGUGUAUUUACAGCAGACAGGAGGUGAUGCAUCAAAGAUGAAGUCUGGAUUUGUAUUGGCGAAUGAUCGAGGAUUGAAUGGGCUUUAUUAUGAGAAUAUUUGUGAGAUCCAAGAAAUUAAAAAGGUAUGUUUUAAGAUAUCUUUAAUAAGACAAAUGCAACAAAAUCAAUUUGUUCAUCAUACACAAAUGAAACAACCCGAGAUUGAAAAAUUGAAAGAGGUUGAUGUUGAUGCUGCAUCGAAAUUGCCCAGUCGUGAUCCAAAUGCUAAAGACGUCCAAUUUUCGGUGUUGAGAAGAAACGUGGCCAAGAUUGCCAUGCAAACUGGAUUUGAAAGUACAGAACCAUUUGCUAUCAAUACUCUUACCCAGAUUGCAGAAAAAUAUAUUGGGAAUUUGGUUAAAUCUAUCAAAUUGCAUUCAGAGACUAAUUCAAAGAAUAAAUUAAACCCCAAAGAGAUUAUAUUGUUGUCUCUUUUGGAGAAUGGGGUAGAUAAACCUGAUGAUUUGUAUACCUUCAUCCAAGAAAGGAUCAUCAAGCAACAAGAUAAAUUGAAGGAUCUUAGAGUAAAAUUAUCAAACUUCUUAAAAGAUUUACUUCGACCAGGAUUGGAGAAUUUUAAUGAAAAGAGUUUUGAUGAUAAUAGUGAGCAGUUCAUGACUGGUGAUUUUUCCAAUGAUUUGGGUGAUGAUUUCUUUGGGUUUAAAGAAUUGGGGUUGGAUAAAGAAUUCAAUAUGCUUAGUUCUUCGAUUCCUAUCUAUUUACUUCAUUCUCGUUUGCAUAAUCAAUUUGCUAGUGCUUCUGGUGUAAGUUUACGGAAUAAAUAUGAAGAUUUGAACGAAUAUGUUCCAGCAAAUCUUACAGUUGCCGAUGUCAAGAAUCAAGUUGGUGUUUUGAUACCUUUCUAUACUAAACUCAGCGACAAAUCCAAGGCGCAUUUUAUCAAACUACAAAAGAAGAAAGGAGAACCGACAGAUUUACCGGAAGAUCAUUUAUUACUUCUUAUUGAUGACGAAGAAUUACCUCAAAAACAAAGAAAUAUUAGACCAAGAAUGCCACCAACAGGUAAAAUCACCACCAUUAAGAAGAAAAUCAUCGCUAAUUCGUUCUUCCUUCCAGAAGAAGAGACAUUACUAGCCCAACAAGCCAAUGCCUCACAAGUCACUCUGUCGAAUGAUGUUAUUGUACAAGAUGAUUUCAUUGAUCCUACUUUAGGCACUCCUAAGAAAGGGAAAAGUGAUUCUGGUUUCAGUUCCCCACUAAAUAUCAAAUCAGAGGCAUGA